UAAAUGCCUGGUUUGUGAGUAAGGUCACCAGAUGUGGGCGUGGCCUUCCAUGAGGAGGUCUAGCUUAAGAGGCGUGGUUAAUGAACAAUACAGAUGUGGAUUUGCCAGAAACAUGAUGGUGGAGUAGUGAGGAUUAUGGUGGAGUAGUAAGGAUUCUAGGUGACAGUGGGUGGUGGGCGUGGUGAGACAAUGGGGCGUGGCCAGUCUCGCGGAGAGGUGGCACCCAACGAACGAACGCUCCAGUAAUUUGCCCAGGCUCGAGACCAGAACUGGAUUUUAACUGCCCGUAUCCGGCGGUGUCCGGAGCCGGGUGGCCGAGCUGCAGUCCAGGAGAAGGCGCGAAUGUAGGCAAAGCCUCCCACACAACUGCAAUGGGUCGACUGGGAGUCCUGUUGCUGCUGCUCCCCUUGGCCUUUGUGUGCGCCUCUGCUGUACCGAUCCAUGAUGCCGACUCUCAGCAGAACUCCUCCGGAUUUCUGGGCCUUCAGAGUCUUCUUCAAAGCUUUAGUCGACUGUUCCUAAAAAAUGACCUGCUACAAGACCUGGACAACUUCUUCUCCUCCCCCAUGGACUUCCGAGACCUUCCUAGGAACUUCCAUCAGGAACAGAACCAGGAGCACAGAAUGGGAAACCAUACCCUCUCCAGCCACCUACAGAUAGACAAGAUGACUGACAACCAGACAGGGGAGGUGCUCAUCUCCGAGAAGGUGGUGGCUUCCAUUGAGCCAGAAGUGAACCCAGAAGGUGACUGGAAGGUGCCCAAAGUGGAGGCGAAAGAGGCCCUGGUGCCCGUGCAGAAGGCCACCGACAGUUUGCACCCAGAGCCCCGGCGGGUGGCUUUCUGGAUUAUGAAGAUGCCAAGACGGAGGACCCAGCCAGAUGUCCAGGACGGAAACCGCUGGCUCACAGAAAAGCGGCACCGCAUGCAGGCCAUCCGGGAUGGGCUCCGAGGAGGCGCCCAUGAGGACAACCUUGAGGAAGGGGUCCAUGUGCCCCAACACGCCAAGGUGCCCAUCCGAAAGACACACUUUCUCUACAUCUUCAGGCCAUCCCAGCAGCUAUAAGGUGGGGACCGUGUAUCCCUGCAUGUCCUACACCCUACCCCAACACCAUAUGGAAAUAAAGUUUUUUCUUACAUCU